AUGGACAACAGCGGCAAUGGUGGCAAGAAGGAAGACGACAAUAAUGUGGAUUCCCUCAUGAUGGCGGCGAUCCCACGACGGCCUCGUCCUCCAAGGCAAGAAUCCACCUCUUCCUUGACAUCAGCGUCGCUGACAUCGUCGCAAGUGCCGCGACGGCCCUCCACUGGGUCCUUGGAAAACAUGACCAUCCCAAGACGAAAGCCUCAUGAACGCACUGCUAGUAUGGGACAUGGAAGCUCUCAUCAUCAUCAAGCUCAACAGCAUAGGAGGCCCAGUAGCGGAGGUCCUCCGCCCAAACAUCCAUACCCGCCGCAGCAUCAUCACCAUGCUCGUGAUGCACCCAAACAAAAGCAUCCGUCACAGGAAGAGCCACCACAGCAACAACUGCAACUAAAACCUCCAAAAAAGAAGCGCAUUUCCAUCAUUUCGGAAUACCCUUACAUUGUCAGAAUCAAACUGAAGAAUGUACCAAUGAAUACUGGGGGAAUUACGCAGGCUCCCGCUCCCGUCAUUCCAAAGAAAAGAACAGCAGAAGCCAUGGAAACCAUCCCAGAAGAAACCGAGGAGUCCGUGCCUCAGGCGCCGCCACCCCCGGCACCUAGACCUCAGCGAAAGGCCGUCCAAGAUGAAGAAGAUGCCUUCUUGGAGGAUGACGAAGACGACCUCGCAUCGGGCCAACCUAGAACGAGUGUACGAACCCCCAAACGCGUUAGACCUUCCUAUGAAGAAGUUGGAGAAUCGGACGGUUUGGUGGACAGCAGUGAUGAAGAUGAUGAAAACUACGCCGCCAGACCCAAGAGCAAAAAGCUACGGAAAGGCGCACAGCAAAUGCCCAGUGGUCGAAGCGAUAAUGGCAGUAGUAAAGCAGCUGCCAAGGCUGCAACUGUCGCCAAGAGCACUCUGCCCUUGGGUCCCCUCUCUGUCACUGGAAAUAUUGAAAUCUUCAAUUACUUGGACCCUGACUUUGGAGCUGGAUCUUUCAACAAGGAUGGACAAGUGGAUGCUCCACCACCGGGAAUGCUUUCCGCUCUGUGGUAUUCCAGAGAAUGCAUCUCCAGCGUUUUUGUGGUGGACAAGAUUGUGGGCUGGAAGCGACGAUCCGUCAUCUCGUUGCAAUGGCAAGAUGCCAAUGCACUCAAGUUUCUCGAUCCGCAGGAAGCGGCCAGUCUGUCUCAAAAGGCACUGACACAUGUCGACUUUUGGAAGGACCCACUCAAGCGAAUGGAAGCUUCGCGAAUCAAUGUCACGCAGUGCCCCGUCGUUACAACCAUUGCUGCUGAACGGGAAAAGGCCAAGUCAGUGGAAGAGAGUGUUAACCCCAUGUACACCAUCCAGGUAUCCAAUGAACAUAAGGAGGAUGUGCUACUUGUCAAAUGGCGAGGACGGUCGUACCUGCAUUGCAGCUGGGAGCGACCAAGUGACAUUCUGAAAACGGAUACUGCCAAUCAAACAGCUCGUCACAAGAUCCGACGAUACUAUCAAAGCCAAGAGCUCGCUCUGGGGAAAGAUUGGAAAAAGUUUAUUGAAGAAGAACGAGCUACAGCAGCUGCUAUUCAGAGUCAUGGUGAUGCUUCAGAAGAGAAGCAAGCUGAACAACAUGGGGGGAGCGAAGAAUUCUUCCCGGCGCAAAACAUGGAAAUCGAGCGCAUUGUGGGGUGUGAUGAGAAUGAAAUGGAUUUGAAUGUUUUGGCCACGCAACGAGCGUUGAAUAUCCGAGCAGAGCAAGAUGCACAGAGGCUCAAAGAGGAGUUGGAAGCUCGCAGCGGCAGCAACGUGGAGACGGCGACGGGAGAAGCAACAUCAUCACCCGCCAAGCCCAAAACGAAUCCUAUUAUCAUCAAAGAUCUCGUAGAUAUUCACAAAACCGAGGAACCCUGGGAUCCUGAAGGCAACGUGCGAUAUGUAGUAAAGUGGAAGGGAUUGCCAUGGGCUGAUCUCACCUGGGAAUAUUGGAGGGACAUCAAACGAGAUGCAGUGGAUGAAUGCGAAGACUUUUGGCAUCGACAAAAGCCCCCCGCUCCAGAAUUGCUGAAGGAGAUUGUGAACACACCGCAUCCCCACGUGAGGGAUUUCCGAAAGCUUCAGGAAACGGCUACCUACGGGAUAUCCUCGCGAGUAAGACCAGUCGCGAAGCUGCUGGGGGAUGAUGACAAGAUGGAGGAGGAAGAGAGUGAGCCGAAGCAAGGGUUCAGGCUUCGGGCAUACCAGCUGGAAGGUGUCAAUUGGCUGCUAUUCAACUGGUGGAACAAACGUUCCUGUAUUCUUGCUGAUGAGAUGGGUUUGGGGAAGACCGUUCAAACCUUGGGCUUCCUUCAAGAGCUAUGGCGCAAUCCAUUGGCAAGAGUUCGAGGACCCUUCCUGAUUGUUGCGCCUUUGUCACUGAUCGCUCAGUGGCAAUCGGAAGCUCGCUCUUGGGCACCUGAUUUCAACGUCGUCCUGUAUCAUGGCUCGGCAGAUGCUCGUGAGUUUCUGGCUCAGCAAGAAUUCUUCUACACCGAGCAGUUCAUCCCGAAGACCGAUGCCGCCAAGCUCAUGAAACAGCAUGUAACCAAAUUCAAUCUCCUUAUCACAACCUAUGAGGUGGUUCUAAAGGACAUUGCUGUGCUUUCCAGGAUCAAAUGGCGGGCUCUAAUUGUAGACGAAGCUCACAGACUGAAGAAUCCAGACUCUCGGCUCUUUGCGGAAUUGGCAUCCGUGCCUAGGGACCACUGCGUGCUUUUGACAGGUACUCCUCUGGCUAACAACACUGAGGAACUCUGGGCGUUGCUGCACUUCGAUGAUCCCGUGACGUUUGCUGAUAGGGAAGGCUUCACUGAAAAAUUUGGUCAAUUGAAUGACUCUACCCAGGUGAACGAGCUCCACAAUAUCUUGAAGCCAUUUCUGCUUCGUCGAGUCAAAGAGGACGUGGAAACAUCUCUUCCUCCAAAGGAAGAAAUCAUCCUGGAAGUUACUCUAACGCCUAUCCAGAAGAAAUACUACAAAGCUAUCUAUGAGCGGAACACAGCCUUCCUCUACAAGGGUGCCAAACCAAGCAAUGCACCAAGUUUGAUGAAUGUGAUGAUGGAACUCAGGAAGAUUUGUAACCAUCCGUACUUGGUGAAGGGCGUCGAAGACCGGAUCUUGACCGACGCAGCCGCUAACUGGAAGGCCAAAGAUGCCGAGGGGAAAGAUCUACCGGUGGAUUAUGUAAAGCUCUUUGGAGAGCAAUUGGUCAAGUCUUCCGGCAAGAUGGUCCUUCUCGAAAAGCUUCUCAAAAAGCUGUUCACGGGCGGGCAUAAGGUCCUCAUUUUUAGUCAAAUGGUUCGUGUCCUUGAUCUUUUGGAGGAGUUGCUCAAACUUUGCAAAUAUCGCUACGAGAGACUUGAUGGAUCCACGUCUUCUUCAUCAAGAGCUUCCGCUGUCGACCGAUUCAAUCGCAAGUCUUGUCAGCGAUUUGUCAUGCUUCUGAGUACGAGAGCCGGGGGUUUAGGGUUGAACCUCACGUCGGCCGAUACCAUUGUAAUCUUUGACUCAGACUGGAAUCCCCAGAACGAUCUCCAAGCCAUGGCGCGAGCUCACAGAAUCGGCCAAACAAGAAAAGUCCAGAUCUUUCGAUUGCUGACGGCCAAGACCUACGAGAUGCACAUGUUCCACAGUGCGAGCAUGAAGCUUGGCCUUGAGCGAGCAGUGCUGGCCCAACAGCGAGACCAGAAAGAUGAUGAAACCGAAGAAGGCAAGAAACCAAAGAGUGAGAAGGAAGCACACGCAAAAGAGAUUGACGAGCUACUCAAGAAGGGUGCUUAUGACAUCUUCAGAGAUGAAGACGAUGCCGAGGCAGAAAAGUUCAUGGAGACGGACAUCGACCAGCUCCUGGAGCGGAGUUCCAAGAAAGUCACGUACGGCGCUGGCUCCGCUGCGUCGAUGGGAAGUGGACUUGGUAGCUUCAGUAAGGCCAGUUUCGUUACUGAUACAGGAGACGGAGAAAAGGACGUCGACCUUGAUGAUCCAGACUUUUGGCAUAAGGCCGUUGGUCUUGACAUUCCCGUUGAAACCCCUGAGGAAGUUGCACAAAUGAUUGAUGAUGGAGUGAAGCGAAAACGAACGCAGGUGCAACAGUACAACCCGUAUGCAGAGCUAAAUGAACUCGAGCAGCGUAAGAAGGACAAAAUUGCACUGAAGGAGCAAGAGGAGAAAGAAGAAAAGGAGCGUAUCAGAGCAGAGAAAAAGAAGAAAAAGAAAAAGAAGAAAAAAGAGGCGAAGGAGAAAGAAGGAAAAGAGCGGGAGGGGCAAGCAAAGCAGCAAGACAAGUCAAAGCCGACUUCAACGCCCUGUGCAUCAACCAAUACUGGAGCGACAGCGUCCGUCAAAGAGGGAGAGAAGCCCAAGAAAGUGGUGCAAAAGGAUGCAGCUGCGAUUAAGAGGCAGAAGAAGAACGGAAAGAUACGAGCUCUUCGUAGAGCCGCGAAUGCGGACCCCGCCUUUGAGCGUCUGAAGCAAGGGUGGGAAGCGCCGCAACGAAACAGGGUGAUUGCAGCGGCGCUGAGGUUUGGAUUCGGUCGCUUCACCAAGAUCCGACACGAAUCGAAUUUGACUUCGUUGCCGCUGCAGGACAUUGAGGUGUUCAUCCGCUCAUAUAUCUACCAAAUAUCCAUGCAGGUUGCUCUUGCACUGCUGGCCCGCAUGCAAAAGCCAGACAAUCAGCUGGAAUCCCCGGAUUUUCGCUUGCUGAUUCAAGAAUGGAUGGGCCCUGGUUCUGAAGUUGAAUUGGAAUGGCUCUGCUCGUCGAUUGGGUCUGUAACGGAGCAGCACAUGCAGGUUCUGAGCUGUCGCAGGUUUCUCAGGUUGCCGCUAAUAUUGGCAGAGCCUUCUUACGUUGAAAGUCUACGACAAGGGGCGGCUCUACGAGCACUUCGCCGUGUUGGCAUCUUAUCUCGACUGAAUCGGGUCGUCGAGGAAGGAUUAGAUUCUGUCCUCUCAGUGCUUGGCCACGAAGAGCUGGCCAAGCGAGGCUGUGGAACUAGUGACCUUUCAACUCUUGAUUCCGACCUUCGGGCGCGACACGUAACAGCAGAGGAGCUAUCAUUGACAACUGGGACACUUCUUGAGACCGCGAUAGACCUCGUCGCACCUGCGGCAUGGUGGGAUAGAGCUUGUGAUAUUGGGCUGGUUAUUGGGACUUUUGUGCACGGAAUGGGGAAUUAUGAAGCCAUGCGAAACGAUGAGGAUCUUCCUUUCAUCCACAAUAUCCGCAAGUAUAUUGAAUCCGACGAAGCAUGUUGCACAGCUUAUUCUUCCUUCCAAGCCGCUGCAUCAGCGACACGCAAAGUGUUUGAUGUGGCCCUUGAGGAUACGAAAGCCAAAGCGGCGUUAGAGAUUCAAGCGGCGGUUGCUGCAGCCGCAGCGGCCGCAUCGGAACGGGAAAAGAAUGCCCUCGCUUUGCGCCAAGGUGGCGCGGCUGCCGAUGCCGUCUUGAGCAAUAUGCCGGCUCAGAAUGCCAAGAAGGAUGAUAUCCGCCCUGCAGAGGACCAGAGAUACGUAACUCUGCACCGCUUGAAGCAAUCUAUCGUGGCCGCGAUUCGCGGGACGGAGAGCGACGAGGUGGUUUCUCCAGUGGCGGUGGAAGAACCUUCCAGCGGGAAGAGCGGCGCAGGGAAGAAAGCAGCUACAGCCGCGGCAGUAGAGGUUGUCCCCGAUAGCGUUGCAAAUGCCACUGUGGUGACGCUGCCCAUGCCAGAUUCAAGAGUCUUGGACCGUCGCCUCCUUGAGGUUCUCAACAAAUUAGAAAGCAGCCUGGAUCACCGCACCGACUGCAAUUACAACUACUUGGAAGCUGGCAAUCAUUGGCAAGCACCCGAAGAUGUAAAAACUAGUGGCAAGGUUCGCAAGAAGGCGCUCGCUACGCUGUAUCCUUCGGGUGACGUGGUUUCCAACUUGAUCAGCGAAUACAGCGGCGUUGGCGUAAAUGGAACCCAGUGCGCAUCGCCACAUCGAAGUUUAGACGACGGGGGAGAUUACAGCAUUGGGGCAGCCAGCGCAGAACUGUAUCACAUUGCUCAUGGCACUGAAUCUCCUCGAUAUCUGCGCGCUAUUGGUGUCCCCAUGAAUCUCACUCGCAUUGCAAUCUCAGCCCUUGCACAUGCGGAUGCAUCCACGAUCGAAGAAAUGAUUGAUACUGAAAGUCGUCGGUCCGCCCGACUACAACAACAGCUGGAAGACUCUCAGAAAGCCUCUAAACCCGCCGCCGUUGGUAAGAAAGACAGCAAGACGGACAACGGAAACAACAAGGAUACCUCAAAGAGCGAUGCCAAUGGUCAAACCAAGGUUGAGCCAAGUGAAGACAAGGAAGAAAUCAAGAGCGAAGAGAAGACGAGCGACGGAGAAAAGGAAGAAAAGAUGCCAGAUGUGAGCAAAUCUGGACAGGAGUCACCAAUUGAGGACUCGGCUACUCUGGAAGAAACUAUCACCGCCAACGAGGACAGCAUUCCAGAAAGCUUUCGCGGCAACGCCAUGUUGAGAGCCGCCGUUUGCUCUGCAGUAUUACUAUAUGGAUUCCCGCCUGAUUAUAACACCGCCGAGACUGUGGACGCAUCCCUCUGGAGAUAUUCAAGAGAGCAAAGCGGGGCUUUCGAUGACGACGACGAGGAACCUGCGUCUCUCUUCAACAUGGAAACCUUCAUGGCUCAUGUGAAUGAGCUUGCCGAAGAUGCUGCACUACCAGAUCCAGACACCGUUCGAAGUUACGUCCGAAAGGUCUUGCUUCCCUUUUGUGUGCGUUUAUGCGUGGGAGGCAACGGACCUUCCGUGAAAAAUGCACGAGGUAGCAAGGGGAAAUUCGAAACUCCUCUCGGUAUCAAUGAGUAUCAAGAGCCAUCCAGGCAAGUCCAAUCGCCCCUUCCGGAUCCCUGCAUGGGGCCAGAAGAACAAUCUAUGGAAGCUGUCGGGUGCAGCCUUGCCAUUCUCCGUAGAGUACGCUUGAUGAGAUCGGCUUUCCAUGUCGCUGCAGGAGAUGUUGCGGUUGAUCACCUGGUAGAGUCAGCCAAGUCUGUCACCAUGUGCAAGAAUUUGGAGGAUCUUCCAUUGUGGUGGUGUCCCCCGGUACACGAUGUUGCAUUGCUGGCGCACGCGGCGUCAAGGGGCCUGUUUGCUGUAAUGAAGGACCGCGACGACUCCUCAAGUGCCUUUUCCCGGCAGUCUAUCGUACAGAGCAUGUAUUCGACCUUUGUAGCUGACGAGAAGGCACUUCCCAUGGUGAUCGUGGAGCGUUCUGCACCAGAAGAUGUCAACGAAUGGAUCGAGAUGCAUGCCGAGGAAUUCCCAACUUCCAAUACACUUGAACGACGACUUGCCUUCUUGUGUACAGAAGCCACUGUUGGACUGGAUGGCGAGAAUCGAUAUGACAAUCUGCCUAUGUUUGACCAUGGGGGCUGGCCACGCCUUUAG